AUGACCGCUGAGGAACCCCAACCCGAGUACGAUGAGAGCAUGACGGGCCCUGGUGCGCCCAUGCCCCUCUCUGCGCUCGAGGGCCUUGCGGGAUUGACCGCACGGGAUAUCAAGCUGUUUGUGGAUGAAGGGUUUCGGACGGUUGAGGCGGUUGCAUACACACCAAAACGCGUGUUGGAGCAGAUCAAGGGGAUAUCAGAGCAAAAGGCAACCAAGGUCUUGGUGGAGGCGGCGAAACUGGUCCCUAUGGGCUUCACGACGGCCACGGAAAUGCACGCCCGACGAAGCGAGCUCAUCUCCAUCACAACGGGUUCCAAGCAACUAGACACGCUCCUUGGAGGAGGCAUCGAGACGGGCUCAAUCACAGAGCUCUUCGGUGAAUUCAGAACCGGCAAGAGUCAGAUCUGUCAUACGCUCGCGGUGACGUGUCAGUUGCCCUUCGACAUGGGGGGCGGCGAGGGCAAAUGUCUCUACAUUGACACCGAAGGAACCUUCCGACCGGUGCGACUGCUCGCCGUCGCGCAGCGGUUCGGACUUGUCGGCGAGGAGGUUCUGGACAAUGUGGCCUAUGCGCGCGCGUACAAUUCCGACCACCAGCUGCAACUGCUGAACCAGGCGUCGCAGAUGAUGUGCGAGACGCGCUUCUCGCUCCUGAUCGUCGACUCAGCGACCUCGCUGUACCGCACCGACUUCAAUGGCCGUGGCGAGCUCAACUCGCGCCAGACCCAUCUGGCCAAGUUCCUACGCACGCUGCAACGCCUCGCUGACGAAUUCGGCAUUGCCGUCGUGAUCACGAACCAGGUCGUCGCCCAGGUCGAUGGCGGGCCGAGUGCCAUGUACAACCCGGACCCGAAGAAGCCCAUUGGCGGCAAUAUCAUUGCUCACGCGAGCACGACCCGGCUCAGCCUGAAAAAGGGUCGAGGUGAGACGCGAGUCUGCAAGAUCUAUGAUAGCCCAUGUCUUCCCGAGAGUGACUGUUUGUUUGCCAUCAACGAGGACGGCAUUGGGGACCCCAGCCCCAAGGACUUGGAGAAAGAUUAG